GAGCUGUCCACUCCCUCUGCGUUUGUCUGUGGACCGUGGAAGGUGGCAUGGCAUGAAGACCAAACCCUUUGCAUUAGCAUUGUUGUUGUGAACCUCAGAAAGCAAAAACACAGAUCUGUUGUCACAAUGGGUUGCUUUCUUCAUUGCUUUGGUUCCUCCACAAGCACCAAGCCCAGGCGCAAGGCUCACCGUCACCAUCGAAAUGCCAAAGACAGGUUGGAGCGACCGAAGGUGUGUUCUGUGCCGGACUACUCCCAAAUGGUGGCACAUAGCACUGCAUCACAAGAAAUACAGGCUAAACCUCUGGAGAAGCUAAACGCAAGCCCCAAAAAGAAAGUGACUUUUGAUGUCAAUGUGAAAACGUACGAGCCAGAUGAAGUUGUUGAUUUCCAACCAGAGAAGAGUGAAGAGAAAAGACCUUCGGUUGAAACGUUAAGCCAAACAAAGUCUGAUGAAAGUUCGGUUACUUCAACCGGGUCUUACCCAACAGACCAUAGGUACCACAAUUGCACAUGUAGUGACGAUGAAGAUGCAGCAAUGGAGUAUUGGGAUAGUGAUCUCACGGAUGAAGAUGAGGAUGAGGAUGAUGGUGGUGAUAGUGACAUGGGAGAAGAAUAUGAUGAAGUGGGGGAAGACUUUGAAGAUGGAAUAGUGUACUCAAGGUCCAGAAAUGGUGAUAAUCAAAGGGUUGUUGCAGAGGUGGAAAGUCCAAUUCCAGUGUACGAUAAGGAAAUGAAGUCAAUUGGGUUGAACCCCAAUGUUCGAGAUAGGAGUGUUUAUGUUCAUUCUGUGCUGAACCCUGUGGAGAACCUCACCCAAUGGAAAGCAGUUAAGGCGAAAAGAGGACCACCAUUGGUGUCUCAGAAGGAGAAUUUGGUUUUGAAGCAAGAGUCCCGACCUGCAUUUGGUGCUGAAUCACCCAAGAAGUUGAACCGGGAAAUCGCAGUUGAUGCUAGCCUUUCAAAUUGGUUAGGUUCAUCAGAAACUACACCUGUUAGCAAGAGUUCGUAUGCAGAGAGAAAUAGCUCACAUGGGUCCAAUACUGUGGUGAGCCAUGAAGAUAGGCCUAUUUUAGGUGCAUUAUCAGUUGAAGAGAUUAAUCAGUUUUCAGCUUCUUGUUCACCAAGAAAAUCACCAAGAGAUGAGAUUGUCAUCAUAGGCAGUGUUGGUAGCUACUGGAAUUGUGGGAGCUAUGCUCAGGAUUCUGGCUCAGCAAAUCGAGUGACUUCAAGAAGAGUACAAUACAAUUGAUGUGAAAGUUCGUUAUGCUGAACAAGAGAGUGAAUAUGAGACAAGGUUGUUCUAUACAGAGGGUUCUUACUCAUGUAGACAAGAUUCAAUUGAGGAGUGGUUUGUGUUAGGUGCAAUUUUUUUAUUCUUUUGUGAAUGUGAUAUAGUGUGAUGUUUUAUUGUGUUGCAUUCUGCGGUUGGAUUAAUAACACUAUUGUCAUGUAGUUUUUAUC